GAUGUCCAACGGAUGAGACUUGGGUGACCGCGUAUUCACUAGAAGACUCGUAAGAGGCAUAAGUUAGGGCCCAGCCCUGUCUCGAACAGGGAUCGUAACAGUAGAUCUAUUACAACUGGCCGGAACACUGGGCGUGGUGAUGGCUUUACUCGGCGCCAUCGGCCGUGCCUCUCAUCGUGUCUCAUCUUGGCGGGCGUUCCGCCCACACCCUGCAUGGCGCCGCAUCAUAUAAGCGUUCUUGUGCUUGGUAUGCAUUUUGACAUCAUUCCCAGAGAUGUCGUUUCUCUGGCAUACUGGCGGCGGCGGCGGCGGCGGCGGCGGCAGCGCCAGCGGCAGCGGCAGCAGCGGGGGCGCGUGCGCGCAUCUUGGUAGCGGAGGGGGCGGGAAAGGCCAUGUGGAGGAGGAGAGCGCAGCGCCGCCCAAGAAGCGGCGCAAGCGCGCAGGCUGAGGAGCCGGCUGGUGUCUAGGUCCGCGGUGGGGCUGGCAGGGCAUGCGAAGCGGCAUGACAAGUAGUGCGGCUGUUGACAACUGUGCUGCGUCUGGCUGCGGUUGGCUCUGCUGUGGCAUUGCGACUGCUAGGGGUUUGGCUAUGUGCCUGUGGAAACCGACCCCAGCUAUGUCCGGGCGAUGAGGUUGUUCGGCCUCAGACUGUGGAGGGGCUCAGCCCCUGUUCCCGCGACCGGGGAACAAUUGUCCUUUC